AAAUAAAACUGUGAUUUGUUUUGAACCAAACGCAUUCAUGUAUUUUUUUAGGAUUAAAUUUGAAGAAAAGCAUUAUUAAUAUAAUACGUGGAACGGAACAUAAAUUUUAUGGCCGCUAGAUUUCUAGCUUCUAGAUAUCUUGUUUUGACGUUAUUUGACGUUCAUAAUUCUUUCAUUUUCCGUUCCCCAAGGAGGGGAUUUACGCGAAUCUUAAACCAUAAUUGCUUACAUAUCGUUAUAAUAACUCAAAAUCAACGUUAUCAACCUGGAAGUCUUACAAGUGACCCGCGGGGACGCCGAGAUGACGUCGGUGGCCAGGAGGCGAGAGCCUGACGAUUCUGGGGAAUAUUCCGACACCUCGCAAGAUAUCGAGCAGAACAACUCGGGGAAUGAUGGGCAGCAUGAAUCCUAUUAUGAUUCUCAGGGGAGUGAUUCAGACAGGUCUGAUCCAGAGAUCCAAGAUCUAGAGACCCGAGAUCCAGAGAUCCAAGAUUCAGAGAAACAGGAGGCUGAGAGACGUGUAGAUGAUGAUGAGGACCGAAGCAACCCCCAAUAUAUUCCUAAAAGGGGGACAUUCUAUGAACACGAUGAUCGAACUGCAGCCAGUGGCGAAGAACCAAGUGAUACGAACCAGGAGACUGCCUCAGAAAAGAAGGAAGGAAGCGAAACGCCGUCCGACAGGCGCCGACCGCCGCGCAAGUCCGACACGUUGAAUAAAUGGUCGCACGACAAAUACAACGAAAAUGAGCAGAUGCCAAAGUCCCGUGACGAACUGGUCGCGAUAUACGGGUACGACAUAAGAAACGAAGAUGCCCCGCCUCACGCCAGACGCAAUAGACGUUAUGGUCGCGGGCCGAACAAAUAUACGCGCACUUGGGAGGACGAGGAAGCGUAUAAGAGGCAGGUCGCUCAAACACCGCACAAGAAACCACCCAGCCCCGCUGACUUCCCCGAGCUCAAUGCUGUCAACAAACCCGGCAGAAAGCCUCGUCCGCGCCCACGGUCGAAGUCUCAGCCGGCAUCCAACGAGUCAUCUGAGAGUGGGUCGCAAUUAAGGAGAAACGCCUCGAUAAAGGUGGCGAAUCCCAAGCAGAAGCCCGUGAAACCGACCGUGACCCGGCGUGAGGUCGACGUGAAACCAACCUCUCAACCGCCGAAGCAACCUCUCAAGGACAAGAUACACAUACCUUUGGAGAAUCUCACUAUCACCACCACUGUUAAUAAUACGCAAGGCCCGCCGCAGCGGAAGGUGAAUGCAGCCGUGGCCCAACAACGGCCGGUACCAACCGAACAGAACAAAAAGAAACCGCUUGUUACACAGCCACCGCUGCAGAGUAACGCGGCGAAACAGCCGCCGCAACAACAAAAGCCGCCGUCACAACAGCCACAACCACCGCAGCAACAACAACAAGCGACGGCCGGUGGAGAACCUCGUGGUGGCAGCAAGCGUUACAGUAAUUUACGCCAACGCCCGUUGGCCGAGACAUAUUCUCCGCAACAACAGCCGCCUCAGACGCAACAACCACCGCCGCCGACACAACAGCAGCCGACACAGCCACCACAGCAGCAACAACAGCAGCUCCAACAACAACAACAACAACCCCCACCACAGCAACAACAGCCGCAACCACAACAACAACAUAGAUAUCAUGGCGAGUUUGUCGGUGGUCAGCCACCACAGCACCAGGGCAGCCCGGGACCUCAAAUGCAUCCACAACAAAUCAUGCACCCGGUACACAGGAACGCAGUGGCGCAGCCGCCGCACGGGCCGUCGCCGCCGCACCAACCUUUGCCGCAACCACAGCACACACAACAGCAAGUUAGACUCGGCAUACUGGACCAGCAGCAAAUAGUCCAGCACCCACACCACACAAUGCACAAUAUGCCUCAACCACACGCUAUUGGACAGUUACAACCAGCACAAGGAUAUGCGCCGCCGGCCAUGAUGCCGGCACAAUAUAUGCAGCAGGGUGGUAGCGGGGGCGUGUUUGGAGCAGCCCCUAUAUACCAGCCACCGGCGGCCUAUCCACACCAGCUUUAUCCGCACCAUAACUUUGGCACACAAGCAGGCGGUGUAACGUACUACACCUGUACGGAGCAGGAGCAACCGCCGCGCCAGCCGCGCCGCCCCACCGCCGCCAUACCCAUCGUGCGGCCUGCUCAUCCUGAGAGGCCAGCGAAUUCGUCUGAAAAGGACAACAUAGACAGAAUUGUCGAAAACAUGUUCGUACGAAAGCCCUGGCCCGCGCAUGGUGCCGACGUGCCAAAAGAUAAGGCGCAAGACAGCAGAAAUUCCCAGGAACCACAAAGCAAAGAGACUUCUCAACCCAACAGCCUAUCCUCAAGCUCAAUAUCAACCGACUCAAAGCCGGAGAGGACAGAAAAAACGGAGAAAACAGAGAGUGAGAACCCCGAUAGUGCAGAAGCCUGACGGGUAAUGUAUGAGUAUUAUAACAGGAGAUAAUUUCUUGUACGCCGUGCGAGUGCUCGAAAACUUUGUGAUUACCAACUUUGAUAAUGAUCUUUGAGCCUUAAGCUGAAUUGUCAAAGUUAGUCUAAACAAAAGUGUAAGUCUUAUGUAUACGUUGGCCCAACGUACUCAGCGAAUGCACCUCGGCGUAUAUUUGCAGCCAGCGUUGGCCGGCUUGUCGAAUGGAGACAGCUUAGGUGCACAUAACAAAGUAUCUUGGCGAAAUUCGCAAACAGCGUUCAUAUGUUGGUCGGCACUCGUGGAACGCGUUGGUCCAACGUGGAUUUACGCGUAGUAUUAGCAGGUAAAUCUUGAACAUUCCUUUGAGUGAGUGGUUUCAGGAUUCAGGAAAACUUAAGCGGCAGUGACUGAUUAAGUUUUAUCUUUAAAAUUUUAUAGUUUUUACGUAAUUUUCUGUGAAGCACGCAAACUUAGGCUAAAGGCAUACUGGCGGUGAGAGGCAUAUCUUUCCUUAAAUGUUCCAAUGUUACCUAAUAAUGUUUGCAAACUUUACCGAAAGGCAAUAAUUCUAUUUAUAACAAGAUGUUUGGCACGUGUCUUUUUUAAUCUAUCUUUAAAUAAAACAACAAAAUUUUCAAAGUGAUUUUGAUACAUUCUUUCCCCUUGACCUUUUAACAUAAGUUCAUUGCUCCUAUUGCCCGCCUUCCAUUGCGAACGGAGCGGGCUCUGUACGGAAUUCUUUUAGCUCGUUUUGGUAAAUUAGAAGUGCUUUCACUGCAAAAGAGUGAGCGGAGCGGAGUAAAAGAGUUACAAAAGUGGUAAAAAACUAGUUUUAAACGGACUCGUACCCUCGCACCUCCCAACCGUUUCUCCUCAUGUAUCGUCAUUCCGUCGGUAGUCUCGUCACUAGAACCGUUAUCUUAACUAGUGUCGUCUUUUAAAGAAUACCACAAACACAUUUUGGAGUCGACACGGGCCCUUUGGUACUGGCCCACCCCGGAAUGCGCGCUGCCAAUGGAAGCAUCCCAUCUCAUGUUACGUCGAGCUCACGCCGCUAAACCCGGUGAGAAUGGUAGACAUCAGUUUUCUGUGAAACUAUUUCUUAGUGGAAGACCUAUUUGGCUCCGUUCCGCUCCACCAUUUCCCGCCCAUUGUCAAAGCUACCUGGUUGAUUCCAUAAUAUUUGGUCAGUCGCUUUCGCUGCCACGAUCAAAGUUAUGUCAAAAUUGCCUGAACAAGCUCGCACGGCUCUAAAAGAUGGUCUUUCAAAAACUACUUUUGUUUCUUUUAUGUACAGAAGGCAAUAAAAUAUUACUUAAGAAUUAUAUAAAUCUGAGAAAUAUACUCCUAAAACUAAAUCUUUUCGACAGGAAUUAUAAAAACACGACGUAGAUUUAGGAAAGGGAUAAGCAUAUAAUAUUUAAUGUGACCAUCUUUUUAAUUUGACAAGUAUGGAAUUUUCUAAUAACUAUUCUAUGGCUGUGUUCAGCUCUUUUCGGGGUUGGAAUGUAAACCUUUAACAUUUAGUACUAAAAUAGGCAUUUCACAAUACAAAACUAGAUUCACAAACCACAAGUCGAAGUCUCAAUUUCAUGUGAGAUCUGAUUGUCUUCAAAAGAUUGUGUGGUCAAAUUAAUAUGAGAUUAUUUUUAAUUUAUUCAAAUGUAGGCAUUGUCGUCGAUUCUCAUGUUUUUCUGUUAACUACAACUAAAUUGGGGUGUCUGCAUCUUUUACUUUUUAAUAUUGCUAAAAAAGAAUGGAAC